AUGCGUAUCACAACGUCAAUCCUCCUCGCAUUGAGUUCCAUGACAUCACUCUAUUACUCCACUAACAUCAGAACCGCGAUAAAUUUUAUAUCAGGCGCAGGUAGGUGCAGCAAGUCUUAUGGUUCAUUGGACGGUGUUUCUUGGGUGUAUUAUGCGACUGGUAGAAACUGUGACACAGCUGCAGAAGCCAAAACUAUCCAGAAAGCCAUCAAACAUCAGUUAACAAAUGGCAAUUCUCCGUGUUCCACAGAAUGUCUCGAUCUUACCCGCUCAGGCGCCUGGAGUGGCUUUCUCCUCAUUGGACCGACAAACAGCUUUGAUGGCACCAUGUACUGUGGGCCCAGUCUCUCUAUCGGAUCAUGCACAUCCGGAGGGAAAAAUGACUUAUAA